AUUAUUGAGAGGGAGAUAGCGUAUAGCGAGAUUUCUUUGGUACGCGAAAUCGUGUGAGAUCGACGGUCUUUAUUAAUAUCUCGUCGAUGACUAGGUGCGUGUAAUUGGAAGUUAUAAUCCUUGCUGAAGAAAAUUUGCGAAGAUGGGUCGUAUGCAUUCGCAUGGAAAGGGUAUAUCCCAAUCUGCACUUCCCUAUCGGCGAAGCGUACCAACUUGGCUCAAGUUGACACCGGAAGAUUGUAAAGAACUAAUUUAUAAACUAGCAAAGAAAGGACACACACCAUCUCAGAUUGGUGUUAUACUUCGCGACUCUCAUGGAGUUGCCCAAGUAAGAUUCAGAACAGGAAAUAAAAUCCUGCGCAUUGUGAAAAGCAUGGGAUUGGCACCAGACCUGCCUGAAGAUUUAUAUUAUUUGAUUAAAAAAGCUGUUGCUGUCCGUAAGCACUUAGAACGAAAUCGUAAAGAUAAAGAUAGUAAAUUCCGUUUGAUUCUAGUAGAAUCGAGAAUCCAUAGACUGGCGCGAUACUAUAAAACAAAAGGAUCUUUACCACCGAAUUGGAAGUAUGAGAGCUCUACAGCUAGUGCCCUUGUCGCUUGAUAUUUUUACUUGUACAACAUACUGCAAUAAACUUUGUUUUUUCAUGUA